AUUGUUUGAAUGAAUGGAUCCUAAAAGGGUUAUUUUUAAUUUAUCUGUAGUGCGCCCCUCCCAUCAGGGUCGGGGGUUUUGAGUUUAUAAACAUAGCUAGAUUGGGCAAAAAUUUGUUUCAAUUUGAAAAAUUCAAAAUUUUGACUAAAGCUCCCAUGCAGGACUUUUGUCAGGAAGUCGAGAAACAUCGGUUAAAGUUGAUUUCUGUUAUUUGUUGACACUUUAAUCUCCCCCUGCUGAUAGUGUGAAGUCUAUAAGUCUGUUAUCAGCGAUAACAAGAAACAGGAGUAAAGAAUUUAUCGAUGGACUAAAAGCGGUGGGCUUUUGACUUUUUUUGCCGAGUCGGGACGUCGAAUAAAGUCGAAACGAUGCUGAUCAUUUGAAAGGAAAAUGACUACCAACGGGGAAGUGGAUACCGGGCUUUUGGUGCCGGAUCUGCUGGACCUCGAUUUGUCCGAGGCUGAAGACAAGGAAUUCAACGUACCGUCUGCUGCGAAAACAAAGCGGAAAUUAGCCGGGAACCUUUUGAACGACGAUGAGUCUUCUCUGAUCAGCGAAGAAGACCUUCCGAACUACUUGCCGCCUGAUCUCGUGCCUACAAGCUACGAUGACAAGGGCGACUGCAGCUCAGUUAGCAGCGUUGGCAGCAAAAGCGGCCAACAUACAAGCAGUGCGCAACAGAAGAAGGUCAUCCAGGCUGCAAGCAUACUCCGUCAUGUCAUUCUCAGGGCUGUCUCAUCCCAGCUGCAUCCGAACAUUGAUGAACUUAUCAUCGGCACCCCUUCAGCUAUGUGCGUCAGUAACCUCAUAGCAGUGGGUACAACUCAUGGGGUCAUUAUGUGCUUUGACUGCAGCCAAAGGCUCAGAUGGCGACAUGAGGCAGUUCGCGACCAGGGCCCUGUGACAGCGAUGGCCCUCAACACGGAAUCAACCCGUCUACUUGUUGGUUUUGCACGCGGAAUGGUCCUCAUGCUCGAUGUGCAAGACGCUAAAGUAUUACGUACAAUUCCUCCCGAAGCUCAUACUUACAAUACAGCUGUCGUACAUAUCAAAUUUACAGAUAGUCCAUCUUUAGCAUUACUGUCUGACAGUGGAGGAUCUGUAUUUGAAAUCGGCCUUAAAAGAGUACUGGGCGUAAGAUCAUGGGAAUGCAAGUGUAUAUUUUCUGGUAGCAGGGGCGAAGUUGUAGCUAUGGAACCUCUUUUACUACAGAAUCUAGCUUACCAGCAUCCACUUUCCGGCUUUGUUAUUGUUGCCAUGGCCACUCUUUCAAAAAUUCUAUUGGUCAGUUUACGGCCUCAAACAAGACUGUUGUACACUCAAAAUAUUAAAGGUGCUAGCACAUCUCUUCCCCUUUUGUCAUGGCAGUUUGUCGUAAUUCAGGUUGCCGAUACUUCUAGAGUAAUGGAUCCCGUUCUAGCGGUGGCCAGAAAUGACACAAUUUAUUUUUACCAGGUGAGCUUGGAGAGAAGCGGAAAAAUCGUUUGCCAAGGCUUACAAUCAGUCAGCCUGCCUUAUUCUCUUAUUUCCUGCCACUGGCUCACGCCACGGACUGUGGCUUUGAUCGACACCAACGAGACCCUCCACCUGUUUGAUGUCAGGACAAAGCAGGAACUUGAAAAUUUAGACUUGUCCAUUGUUGAAUUAGUGUACAAUUCUGUUGCAUUCAAAGGCUUAGCGACUGGUGGAAAUGUCAGCAAAGCCAUGGCUCUUGCUGGGCAGAGAGCGGUGUACAAUUCAAUUUUCAGUUUUGGAAACCAACUCUUACUUCUUGGUGUUAAAACCCUUCAUGUUAUAUCAAUUCGUAUUUGGGUUGAAAGGAUUGACGGUCUUGUGAGAGCUCAAAAAUUUGAAGACGCCCUUAAACUCGCUAUGGAUUUUUAUGAAGAAAGAGGGAAAGCCGUCCUCGGUUUAAGAGGGGCGAGAGAAGUCAGACAAAAACUCGUCAAAGAAAAGGUUAUAGAGACUUUAGAAAAAUUUGUUGACCAUAUUGUAGACGGUUCCCCUUUUAUCAAUUAUUCCGAAGCAAUUCCAACAGUUAUUGAACAUUGCAUCGAUCUUGAUAGAAUGGAUUUGGUAUAUGACAAACUUUGGAAUGGCAUGACUGAUGGAAAAAAUAUUUACUUAGAAGCCAUAGAAUCGUCUUUAAUCGACGGGAAAAUAACUGACAUCCCUCCAGAAAUCUUGCAGAGGCUCGUGUCGUACCAGCAGAGCAUGUUACGUUGGGAGCAACUUGAGAGUUGCAUCCAGAGAGUGGAUGUCCCUUGCUUAGACAUAGAACAAGUUAUUCUUAUAUGUAAACGAGAGAAUCUUUACAGCGCCCUGAUUUCAGUAUGGAAUAGGGCUAUGAACGACUAUACUAGUCCAAUCCACGAACUAGUCCCAAAAUUAAGAUUAAUGGCGUCAGAAGAACCUAACGUUGUCAAAGAAAGAAGAAAACUCGGAAACUUGCUUCUCGUUUAUAUUGCUAGUUGCUUGAGCGGAGCUGUUGGUCCUGAUAGAGCUGAACACGCUCGGCAACAAGUUGUUAGAGCUCUUUGUAGUCAACAUAGCCAAAAUGCCGAUGAUUGCGAGACAUGUUUUCCUUAUAUAAGGGGUCUUUUGGAGUUCGAUACAAGAGAAUUUUUAAAUUCUCUAGUUAUUUCUUUCUCUGAUGCUUCACUUUCUACACAGAUAAAGCAAAGGCUUGUAGAUAUAAUAAUCCAAGUUAUGAGUGACAGCCCAUCGUUUAAGUGUGUCGAGAUAAGUUGGGUCCUGUGCGUGCUAAACAAUUCAGCAGUUGGACGAGGCCUCAGAGUGGACAGCAGUUUGUACACUGAUACAAUUUCAAGCCUUGUGACUGACAACAGCUGCCCGAGUGCAGACCGUCAGCAGGCUUUCCUCCAACUAGUCACUUCUGGAGCUCUGGCCGACCUCGAUCAUGAAACAUUGUUGGAACUGGCGAAAUCCGCUGAUUUCCAUCAGGUGUGUGCCAUUCUUCACGAAAUUCGAGGGGAGUACUCUCAGGUUUUGAAGUACCACUUGGAAGACCCGACGAGGCGUGAACACGUGUUUUUGUUUAUUGAACAGUCUGAGCACAGGCUGUCGAUGGGAAUCACUGAAGAAGACACUCUGAAGGAACUUUUACAAAUUGAUGCUAAACAAACAGGGCAACUUCUUGUUAGAUACAUUCCUCAAGCUAUACCAAACAUUCUACCUCAGCUGUCCAAUGAACAAUUAUUCUACUUUCUUCAAGGAAUGCUAGAAGAAAGUGAUCUGGAUACAGAACUAAUGACUAAUUACGUGUGUUUAAUGUGUACAUUCGAACCUGACAAAGUUUAUCAGACUGUUAAAGCGAAAACAAACAUCGAGCUCGAUCCAGCCAUAAAGGUAGCCCAUGAAAAAGGACUCGACGAGGUGACUGCAAUCCUAUUGGAAAGAAGCGGUGAUCUUCAAGCAGCAUUCAACGUACUGCUGGCAAGAUUGGAAAGAGCGAUAGAAAACGGCGAGGAAGAUGCGGAGAGAAUGACUGAAGAACUUGUAAGCCUGGCUCAAAGAGGAAAUACUGUCCUGGACUCAAAAACUUCAUGGCUGCCGCUACUAAUGUGCCUUUUGAAACUCAAUUCUCACGAACUCCUGCAGCGAGUGCUGAACAACGCAGAUCUCAACUUGGUCUCUGAGCUCCACCUGCUCAUGCAACACACACAGGGUACUUUGGGGGAACUUAGAGGCUUGAUUAUGGGCCUUUUUACAAAAUGCCGCGAUCAAAGGAGAAUGCUUGAAGCGACUAAACGCCUCCAUAUGUCGGGCCUUCAUGGCGAGCUUGUUGAUGUUUUUACGGAGGCUAAAGUAGGUUGCAGAUCGCCUAGUUGCUGCAACAUUUGCAAGGAUCCUUUCACGGAUAAAUUCUGUUUAUUUAGAUGUGGUCACGGAUUUCAUAUUGAGUGUCUACCUCCAUCUAUUUCCAAGUGUACAGAGUGUUUCAAAGAAUAGACUUUACCCAUGAAGUCAGUUCAUUCCAAAUUACACCUAGCCUUUUUUGUAAAUAUUAGUUUAUGUAACCCAAGUUCCAUCUGACAGAAAAUUAACUUUAUACAUAAGACUUCAUAAAAGUUAUUCAACUUGUUUAAUGCUUUAUUUAUAAAUUUUUACUUUUGAAAAAGCAAUCUGUGGUAUUCAUUUAUUUAAAACACUUAUACUUUUAGGUAGUUACCCUUAAAAAAGUUAUACUUGUCAUCUAGAAUUAUUUCAUUAUAAAAAUAAUUGUGUAUUACUCUAUGAAAAAACUUUUCUUUAAACUGGCAGCAGGGGUUUGU